AUAUCAAUUCAAGACCUGCACAAAAUCAACAUAAUUCAUCAAAAAUUCCUACUUCAACAACGCAACAACAACAAACCUCUCCUAUUCAAAACAAUAAUUUAGAAAUCCAUACAUUAAAUCAACGACCACCAUCAAAUGAUAUGAAUUCCUCUCAAAAGGUGGUUAAUGUUGUAAACUCUUUUUCGCUCCCUAAUGAUGAUGAAGAACUUCAAGCAUGGAUUAUGAAUAUUUUAAAAGAUCCCGAAUAUCCGCAAUUUAGUGGAAAAGUUAUGGAAGACGCGAUUAAUGAUGUGAGACUUAUGAUCAAUAUGUCGAAAUUAUUAUUAAAGAGUUAG